AUGCCGACAGUCUAUGUGUCUAGUCCAUUGUCCUCCGAGUCUGCGUUCACGAGUGCGCAGUGUGGUGACUGUGACUGCGGUCCGCACCGCGCCGGCGUCGACAGUCAAAGCGGCCACCGGCUUUCCCACAAUGCCGAUUCGGCCCUCAGAGCUGGCGGCGUCGAACGCCGUGUCAACAACAGCCUGUCUGCCGCGCUACGGCUCCGUCAUGGCCUGAUCGGACCAGUGCUGCUUCUGCCGGCUCUGCUAGCUGCGUUGUCCGGCCCAGCUGCCGCGGCCUACGUUGCUUUCGAGAAUUGCCUGCCCGAGUCCUACGUCAACAACCAUCCAACGCCAUUGCAAUGGGUGCCCAAAUAUGUCGAUGCUUCGUUCGAGGUUACCGAGCCGCCGAUGCACACACUCCGGGUGACCAUGUGGGGGAAUGUGACAGGCGCUUUCACCAACGUCACGCUGCCGUCUCCCGAAAGCCCAGAUUGGACAGACCCAACUAAAACCGACGGCAAAAUCCUCGAUCAGCCCGAGCCUGAUGCUCCGAACCCUAAGCUCACGACUCUGCUUAGCAAGAUCAAUGUCCUUACAUACGAGCCAUAUCGCAAGACCUUCAAGUUUUGCAACGGCUCGCUGGUUAACGGCUCUUGUCCCUUGGCGCCUGUCUUUGACACAAACACCAGCGUCUCGGGUUCGCUGGCGUCUGGUGCUUCGUAUGCUGACCUCUUCCCGUCGCCCACCAGCGUCGCGCCUUACAAUUUGCCGUCUGUCAAUAUGAGCCACUCCUUCGAUUCGUCCUAUGCCUUCGCAUCGUUCACCGCGACCUUCCUCAUCAUCUAUGGCGACUCAAAGGGUACCAACAUUGGCUGUGUCUCGGCGACCGUGACCCCCGAUCUUGGCCGGUUAGCUUGGAUGAUCAAGUAUCUACCGAUGUUGGUCUUGGUGCUUGUGGGCUUCGCCACUGUCUUUGCCGGCAUUUUCAGCCCCUGGGGAACGUCGGACAUCUUCCAUUGGAGCUCCAAUUACGGCCGCGAUCCCGACCUCCUUCGACUGGUCACCCCCGGUUUUGGGGAUUGCUUACAAUAUAUCCAGUUCAUUGUUCUCACUGGUGGCUUAACGCUCAACUACCCGGGCUUUUACCAGCCCAUCAUUAGCCAGGCGUCGUGGUCUGCUCUCAUGUUCAACCACAGCUUUGUGAGCAAAGAUCCCGGCUGGAUCAGUGUCCAAGAUGGUAUCUACGUCACGGAAGGGGCUUAUGGUCUGCAGAAGCUUGCCCGGCUAGCAGGCUUGCGCAAUUUGGCCGACAUUUGGGCCGGCAUGAUGGUCUGGCUUUUGGCCAUCAUUGCUGGCAUGUUGGUUGUCUUCAGCGCUGGCUUUUCUCUUCAGUGGCUCUACCGAUUUAUCCAGAAGAUCCCGGAAGAAGAUCUUCGCUCCAAGAAUAUCCCUUUCAUGAUCGGGAACAUUGUCCGGAUCGUCUUGAACUACUUUCUUCUUCCGAUCGUGGCCCUCUCAACCUUUCAACUCGUCGUCGCCAGCAACUCUCCGGCGUACACCGUUGCCAUGGCAGUGGUGUCCUUGAUUCUCAUCAUUGGUUUUGCUGCCUGGCUACUGUAUCUCAUCGCCACGACUAAACCGAGGGCUUUCCUGUUUGACGAUCUUCCAACCGUCCUUCUGUACGGACCCCUAUACAACACCUAUUCAGACGAGGCUGCUGCCUUCACGUUGAUUCCCGUGCUUCUUACCUUUAUCCGCGGCAUUGCCGUUGGAGCUGUGCAGCCUGCCGGGGUGGCUCAGGUCGUCAUUCUGGCUAUCUGUGAGGUCAUUCAAAUCUUAACUCUGCAUGCUUUCAGACCAUUUCACUCGCCUACGUCCAUGAAUGCCUACCACACGCUCUUUGCUGCGCUCCGCCUUAUCACUGUACUCCUCAUGAUCGCAUUCAUUCCCUCCUUGGGUGUGACGGAUGGUCCCAAGGGUUGGAUUGGCUAUGCCAUCCUCGUUACCCAUGCUGGUGUGCUUGUCCUUGGUUUUCUCCUAAACGCGGUCCAGACAAUCGUGGAGGUAGUGGCUCGGAUGCUUGGUGCUGGCGGAGAUGAUAUCCGUGGUCAAACAAGAGGAGGGCUGUCCAAGAUCUUCGGAAUGCGGCAGCUCUCCCGACGCAUGUCUCGCCGCAUGACUGGCCACCCGUCAAGACAAAGUCAGCUCUCUAGCUCUGCCAUGCUGGAUGCGGACGAACUCUCCAAGACGGGAUAUGUUAUGCCAAGCGGCCGUGUUCGCAGCGAAUCUGCGGGUAGCAUGGGCAUGUUUACUCACCGCCGCCAUCGAAGCUCGUCUGUGUAUGAAACUCUCACUUUUGAUGCUGCCCCAGCACGCCAACCCGAGAGCAUCGCAGGCUCCUACACACCUACCACCCCUGGAGAACCUAGCCCUUACAUGGUUUUGCCAUCACCCAAAACUGCAGUCCGACCCCAGGGUACAUUCGGUUUCCCUGCAUAUGACCCUUAUUACCGUCCACCCAGACAACGGCGUGCUACAGUCGUCGAACCAUCAUCAUCGUCUGCUACCGGCCCUGGCGGUCCUGGGAAAGCCGGUGAUGGGUCUCAGAACCGCAACAGCGUUUCAGGAUCCCUUACGCUCGGUGAUGCCUCCGAGAUUGGUGGCGAAAAUUUGGGGGACGCCACUUCUGCCGUCGCCUAUGGGCUUCCCUUCAAUCCGCGAAUUGACUACUCAAUUCGUGAAGUGGAUUUUUACUACCGAGGCAGAGGCGAGAGGCUCAACUCAGAGGCUCCCGCCCGCAAGUUGGGUACUGGUCCCGCCGAUCCAACUGGGCCUGUGGCUUCCGCCGUUGGGUGGCUAAGGAGCAUCUUCGGGCGUCGUACAAAAGACAGGGGCAAAGGAUUUGAAGUUGUGCGAAGUGCACGUAUGCCGCCGGCAAUGAUGCGUGCCGCAGGUGCUGAUAUUGAAGACGAGCAGACACAACAGGGGGUUCCCGUCGCCAUGGACGUGUUGCGUAGUGGCCCUGUUGACUCGGAGGACGACCAAGAACAACGGCGGAAACAGUUGUCACGUUCAACCGCGAACCCGACAUCACCAGACUGUGUACCACUAAAUGGCGGGAGGAACUCUGGCGACGACGAUGUAUACAACAUGGAUGCCAGCGCUGCAAGGCCUCCGCAAGGCCCUCCCAUACUUCCUGAAAUCAACCUUGUAGACAGUUCGGGGCAAGAAGUGCCCGAACAACCCCCAGAAGUCCCUCGAAAAAGCUCCAAGCGCAAAUCCUGGGUAAAAUCGCAGUCGAUGGUCGCCACCGUGGGAACAUCGGGGACUCUUAGUCCACCUCCUUCUUCUACAGCCCCAGUCGCGUCUUCACGCCUACCGUUCGAGAGCACGCCGUCUCAGAAGUCAUCGGCGGACGAGUUCAUACAUAUCGACCUCGGAGAUCCAUCGCCAUCAUUAUCCGCUCAAGGGGGUGACGAAGAGAUGCCAACAGCUUAUGGGACAGUAAAUAGGGGUAGUAUCAGUCGGAUUGACCAUGAGGUGGAUUUAUUAACCGGGAAUGCUCGGAUGGCAGAGGUAGUGGAUGACAGGCAAGGGGGUGUGAAGCGACCGACGCGCCCAACACCUGCCGAUACAGUGCCAGCAGACUUCGAACCGCGAUAG